UCUCCCGCGGGCCGUGGCGCAGGCGCAGUGCGCGGGCCGCGGCAGCAUGGCGGGCCCGGGCCUGGUGGCCGGCGACGUGGUGGUGGACGCGCUGCCCUACUUCGACCAGGGCUACGAGGCGCCGGGCGUCCGGGAGGCGGCCGCGGCGCUGGUGGAGGAGGAGACGCGGCGCUACCGGCCGACCAAGAACUAUCUCAGCUACCUGCCGGCGCACGACUACAGCGCCUUCGAGACCGAGAUCAUGCGGAACGAGUUCGAGCGCCUGGCGGCCCGGCAGCCCCUCGAGCUGCUCAGCAUGAAGAGGUACGAGCUGCCGGCCCCGUCCUCCGGGCAGAAGAACGACAUCACGGCGUGGCAGGAGUGUGUGAACAACUCCAUGGCGCAGCUGGAGCACCAGGCCGUCCGCAUCGAGAACCUGGAGCUAAUGUCGCAGCACGGCUGUAACGCCUGGAAGGUGUACAACGACUCUGGAGAGUUAAAUGGGUCUGAACUGGCAAUUCUGUGGUUUCCUAACAUUGUACUUGCGUCUGCUAUUAGACAUCUGGUUCAUAUGAUUGAGCAAGCCCAGAAGGAGCUUCAGAAGUUGAGGAAAAGCAUUCAAGAUCUGAACUGGCAGCGGAAGAACAUGCAGCUCACAGCUGGGGCUAAGCUACGAGAAAUGGAAUCAACAUGGGUCUCUCUUGUCAGUAAAAAUUACGAGAUUGAACGAACAAUUGUGCAGCUAGAAAAUGAAAUUUCACAAAUCAAACAGCAGCACGGGGAAGCAAACAAGGAGAACAUCCAGCAGGAUUUCCAGUGACCCGACCCGCUGCCUCCCUGCGGCAGCGCGGGAGAGCAAAGCACAGCGCUGGAGCGUGCGCAGCCGCCUGUAGCUGCCGCUGUGCGAGGUGAUAAAAGGAUGUUUUCAUUGUUUCUCCUCCUGUUCUUAGGGUGGGAGGGCUCGGUGCGCUUGGAUGUGCGGGGAUGGUCGCAGCUCCCGGCAGCAGGACCCCCCCCCCCCAAUAAACGCUGUUCUGGGC